AUGGAAAUUGAAUACGAAUAAAACAUUGUUCAAUAAUCAUAAGAUCUUCAUAAAAAUACCUCUUAUUAUAAUUCUGGAUUACCUCUAUCUGAAGAAGCAUAAAAAAUCUUAAAUGCUCAAUAAUUAAUUACAUCUGGAGGUUCUCCUUAAUUAAUUCAAGAAAGAAUCAAACAACCUGAAAAACAAGUUAAAAGCAUCAUAAAAUAUAAAUUUAUGAAUGAUGGAAUGUGGAUGAAAAUAUUAAUAGAUAGAAAUGAUUAUCCAGAAAUCAAAGACACGCCUAUUAUAGCUAUGAAUGCUUAAUUCUAAAAUGAUGGAUUUGAGUUUAAUAUCAACGUGAAUGAGUUAGUUGAAUAUGCUUUAAAAAUUCCUAGGACUAGAGAGAAAAUAGUUCCUGAGAAAUCAAAAAUAUACGAAAAAAAACAUUAUAUCUACAUAGCAUUAUAUAAAGAAAAAGAAGGUGACUGGUGGUCAUUGAAAUACUGACAAUAUUACAGUAAUUAAUUUUUAAUCUAGAAUUUUUAUUGU